AUGACAGCCACCCUCCCAGCCCUUCUAUUAUUAAUUGGAAUCGUUAAAUCAGCCCCCUCCCCGGUUCACGUCCAAAUCUUGACUGAUCCAUCCAAGGAAAGUCUCCACCUCGGCCCCUACGACCAGACCCGAUUCGACUUGAUUGAAAGCUACAACCCCCUGGCAACGGCCGGUGUCGCGAAAGGCGUCGACUUUGCCAAGAUCCAAAUCCCGCGCCGACCUCGCGUGAAGGCCAAUGGCGUUAGGAACAUCUUGAAUACCGGAUCCGACGAUUCUGACCUGCUCGGAAACGCCGUGGAGCAGUUGGAGACCGGGGAGAACGCGCCGGCUGCCGAGAAUGGAGUCGUGCUCGGCGAGUACCUCGAGUGGGGCUCGUGGUCGGCGUGCAAGGAUGGUGAACGCGUCCGGAUGCGCGUGUGCGUCUCGAGGAGGGCGGCGCGGAACAUCCGAUGCGAGGGGCCAUCAAAGGAGUCCCAAGCCUGCUUCUCAACCGACGAGACGAACAUCCCGGUGAUGACGGACCCGUGGAUGAUCGAGCGCGAGAUCAGCGGCCAAAAGAUGAAGGCAAGUGGGCUAGCAGAGAUUUUUGAGGAAGCUCACAUUGCCUUUUUGUGGGAAAUAUUGAGCUGCUCGAUCUUGUGCUCCUCAAAAAUGAAGCACCUUAUCCUUGCCGCGGCCAUCAUUGGCUCCCUGCAAGCAGCUACCAGCCGAGCUGAUGUUUUUGAGGGCGAGACCGUCCGCUUUGUACCUGCCGGCAAUGUUUUUGAGCGCGAGAGUGUGAUGGGAAAUGAAACGAUUACAAAAUGCAAAAAGGAUGAGAGCGACGGUGAGAACUGCGGAAAAUGGGUUGUUAAAGAGAAUGGCACGCUCCCAAUCGACGAGGUCGGUUCCGAGACCGUUUGGGAGGGAGAUGAGCUCGUGAUUUCGAAUGUACAGCUCGCUGACGCCGGCACCUACCACGAUCCGGCGGGUGCCAAGGACCCGAAUGGCAGCUCGGAAUCUGCAUCUUCUGAGGGUUCCUCAGAAGAUGGUGAUGAAGACAAGUCGAACACGAUCGUGACGCUGAUCGUCCACAGCGGCGGCGACAUGGAA